AAAGGAGAUAGAGAUACCAAUCCCUCGUCUUACUUCUUAUUCAUUCCCUCAUUCCCAUAACUCUCAAAGACACAUCUCCCCUCUCUCAAAUCCGCCAUGGCCGGAGCCACCACCAUCCUCGCAUUCACCAUCCUCACCCUCUCAUCCCUUCUCAACCCCACAGACUCCCAUCAAUUCUCCACAAACCUCAGCAAACGAGCAAUGGGGAGAGAGAAACUAAGCCACCUCCACUUCUACUUCCACGACAUCGUCAGCGGCCGCCACCCCACGGCCGUCCGCAUCGCCCAGGCCGCCACCACCAACUCCUCCGCCACAAGCUUCGGCUUCGUGGCGAUGAUAGACGACCCCCUCACCUCCGGCCCCAACUACACGAGGUCCGAGAUUGUGGGGAGAGCUCAGGGGCUGUACGGCUCCGCCGAUUUGACCGAGGUGGGGCUUCUCAUGGCGCUGAAUUUCGCCUUUGUGGCGGGUAAGUUCAACGGCAGCACGCUCAGCGUGCUGGGGCGGAACGCGGUGUUCAACGCCGUGAGGGAGAUGCCGGUCGUCGGCGGAAGCGGCGUUUUCCGGUUUGCGAGGGGGUACGCUCAGGCGAGGACUCAUUUCUUUGACUUCAAAACUGGGGAUGCUGUUGUUGAGUAUAAUGUUUAUGUGUUGCAUUAUUAGCGCUUUUAGUUUUACCUUUGCUCUUUUUCAAAUAACCAUGGUUGAUUGGAGUAAGCGUGUUUUACUACUAAUCUUCAUUUUCGCAUUUUGGUUGCAGUUCUAGUCUUACUCUAUCUACAUGAUUGUAAUAGCUGUCAAUUUCUCAAAGAUGAUGUGGUUUUAUUUUGGUUGAUGUUGAUUCAACUGGUGAGUAUUAUGGAA